AUGAGUGCGUCCACGGCGUCCGACUCUAUCUUGAGUGUUAGAGAAUGGCCUUUCGUACAUUCGAUCACUCCAAAAAGGCGAUACCGGGAUACCGUACAUUGGUCUCAAAAGGCUCCGCUUUUAAUUGACAAUGGCUCCUCUGAACUGCGUGCAGGUUUUUCUUCCAAUGAAUCGGAUUCGCCCAUGUAUACAUGCGAAAAUAUUGUAUCUAGGUUCCGUGAUCGGAAGCGAUCUGCUAACAUGGUGUUGUGUGGCACGGACUGCUAUGCUGACGCACAGUCAAGGGGUAACAUCAAAAGUCCCUUUGAUGGCAAUGUUGUGUGCGGUUUUGACACUAUGGAGUAUAUGUUAGACAAUACUUUUUCCAAGCUCGGAAUCGAUACAGAUCGUGUCGAUCAUCCUUUGUUAUUGACUGAACCUUUAUGCAAUCCAGAAUACAGUCGCGGUCAAAUGAACGAGUUGCUGUUUGAGGCCUAUCGAGUGCAGUCCGUCAAUUACGGCCUAGACGCUUUAUUCUCGGCUUAUGCCAACAAUGUACGUGACAACGGUCUCGUCGUCUCAGCAGGAAGAACCACGACAGCAAUUGUCCCUCUUGUACAAGGGCGUGGAUAUCUCGAAAAUGCUAAGCGUCUUUCAUGGGGCGGCUUGCUUGCGUCCGAUUUUCUGCUGCGUCUUUUACAACUCAAGUAUCCCAAUUGUCCUCAACGUAUCACGCCUUAUGAAACCCAAUGCAUGCUGGAAGAGCUAUGUUAUACGUCAUUGGACUAUGAUGCAGAGCUUCGGUCAUUCCAGGAUCCCGAUGUGCUUGCUAAGGUGGAUCGCGUCGUACAGUUGCCUUAUUCUGCACCUGAGUAUAAAGAGAAAACCAAGGAAGAACUCGAUCAAAUUGCUGAACGCAAGCGUGCAGCUGGGCGUCGUCUGCAGGAACAAACCAGGAUAAUGCGAUUGGAAAAGGCCCAAAGAAACGAAAAUGAUCUCAAGUAUUAUACCCUAUUAAGCGAGUGGAAGGAAAAGGAGUCACCGGAGGAGUACCAAGCAAGACUUGAGGCGGACGGUUUUGAGACUGAACAAGAAUUCGAUCGCACACUCAAACGACUUGACACUGCUGUGCGCAAGUUCCGCGCAGAAGAACAGGGCGAAGAAUUUGAAGAGGAGAAGAAGGAGCCUGAAUUUCCUCUUGUCGAUGUUCCUGACAAUGAGCUGGAUGAAGAAGGCAUCAAAGAGAAGCGCAGGCAGCGCUUGCUCAAAGCGGGUCACGAAGCUCGAUUGCGUGCGCGCGCUGAGAAAGAAAAAGAAAAGCGCUUACAAGCUGAAGAAGAAGAGCGUGAAACUCGUGAGCGCACUGAAAAUCUAGCUGCUUGGCUGAGCAAGAUGCGCACGCAACACCAAGAAUCGAUUGCUAGAAUUGAAGAGCGCAAAAGGCUCCGGGAAAUGCUUCCUAACCGCAAAAGUGCAGCCGCUCAGCAACGUAUGCGCAAUAUCACUGCACUUGCAAGCGAACAAGAUGCUUCAUCAUCUGAUUCACACCGGCGACGUAAGCGUGGCGAUGACGAAGACACAUUUGGCGCCAAUGAUAAUGAUUGGUCAGUUUAUCGUACUAUUAACGACGCCACAAACGAGGAAGAAGAAGCCCAAGACUAUGUCACACUCGCAGAAAUUGAGCAAAAGCUUCUUCAGUUUGAUGAUGCAUUCACAGAUGAAAGCACAUACGAAGCCUUACAGGCGCGUAAAACCCGCCUCACUCAAACUUUUCUGUAUGGUCAGCCGUCUCGUUUGGAUAUGGAUGAUCCGAUCCAGUACCAUCAGCUCCAUCUGAAUGUCGAGCGAAUUCGUGUACCUGAGAUUUCCUGGCAGCCGCUCAUUGCAGGUGUGGACCAAGCAGGUGUCGCAGAGCUUGGUCGCCAUGUUUUGUUCUCUGUGGAUCAAACGAUCCGAGACCGAAUGAUUCGUAAUGUCUUUGUGACUGGACGCUACUCGUCAUUGCCAGGCUUUGAUGCACGGCUGAGCAAUUCUCUUCAGUCCUAUUUACCACCAAAUGCACCCUUGUCUGUACGCCGUGCGCAGUGCCCUCGUUUCGAUCCUUGGCGUGGUAUGCGUGAGUGGGUCACAGAGCAAAGUGACUUGUUCCGCGCCUCUUCCGUGACCAGAGCCGAAUACGAAGAAAAAGGGAGCGGAUGGUUCAAGGAACAUGCCUUGUCGUCAUGUUGGCAAGCCUGA